AAGCUUCAUUUUUAUGGGUCCUCUCCAGUCUACUCCUCAAAGAUUUCUCGUAUCUCUUUUCAUUGAUUAAUUUUCAGCUUUUUAUUCAUUCAAUCUUCUGUCAUAAAAUUGUAAUAAAAAAGAUUAAUUUGAAAAAUAUAAUGGCUGGGAUGUGUUGUGGUGUUAAUUUAACUGAAACAGAAGCUACAACUCCAGUUGAGCCAAGUUCAGAAGCUGCAAGACGACGUCGUAUGGAGAUUCAUCAGUUCCGUUUAGCUCCACCGUUGGAAAACGGAACGAAACGACACAAAGUGGAGAAAGUUGUAGAUCAAAGCAAGAGACGGAAGUUGGAAACUAGUGUGACGAUUUCAUUGAUGUCUCCGUUGGGUGUAACGGAGAAGGUAGCAGAGAAAGAAUUUGACGCUAAACCUUUGGAUCUGUCGGAAUCUGAUGUUUCGUCUGUUAAAGUUGAUGGUGUUGAGGUUGUUGCUGGUGAUAAUAAUCUGUCUAAGUUUGGUAUAACUUCUGUAUGUGGAAGACGACGCGACAUGGAAGAUGCAGUAGCAGUUCACCCUUCGUUUUGCAAGGGAGAAAAUGAAAAUUCAAACAGUUUACAUUUCUAUGGUGUAUACGACGGGCACGGCUGUUCGCAUGUGGCUAUGAAAUGCAAAGAUAGAAUGCACGAGAUAGUGAAAAACGAGGUGGAGAAAGGAGAAACCCAGUGGAAGGAGGUGAUGACAAAAAGCUUCUCUCAAAUGGAUAACGAAGUUGUCCACUAUUCGAGUGGAGCUGUAGGUGGAUCGAGCUCUAAUUGUAGGUGCGAGCUUCAGACUCCGCAGUGUGAUGCAGUCGGGUCAACUGCUGUUGUCGCAGUGGUUACUUCCGAGAAGAUUAUCGUCUCUAAUUGCGGUGAUUCUCGUGCUGUGCUUUGUAGAAAUGGCGUUGCGAUUCCUCUUUCCAUCGAUCAUAAGCCUGAUAGGCCAGAUGAAUUGAAUAGGAUACAAGAAGCUGGUGGCCGUGUUAUUUAUUGGGAUGGGCCAAGAGUGCUUGGAGUUUUAGCUAUGUCACGAGCAAUUGGUGACAAUUAUUUGAAACCAUAUGUUAUAUCGGAACCAGAAGUGACCAUCACAGAACGAACCGAUGAAGACGAGUGUUUGAUAUUAGCCAGCGAUGGACUAUGGGAUGUUGUCUCGAACGAGACCGCUUGCGGCGUGGCUCGUAUGUGCUUGCAAUCAAGGAGGCCACCAUCCCCACAGGGUCCGCCGGAAAAUGACGUCACUGUGACCGGUGCCGGAGAAAGCUCCGACCAGUUGUGUUCAGAUGCAUCGAUUCUUUUGACCAAAUUGGCCUUGGCUAGGCACAGUACUGAUAAUGUUAGCGUUGUUGUGGUUGAUUUAAGAAAAGAUUUGUAACAUUAUAGUAUUAAGUGUAUAUUUUUGUUAUUUAUUUUUAAUUUUCUAAGGUUGUACGUAUCUAGUAAUUUAUCUUUAAGGGUUUUCUUAAAGAAGGAAACUCAAUUUAUUAGGUUUUAAUUAACAUGGGUUGUUAUGAUUUAUGAAGCUCAGAGCAAAGCUGAUCUUUUGAUCUAGCCUCCUAUAUUAUUACUGCUAAUAUUUUGCAGAAAUGGAGAUAAAAAUUGUAUAGA